UCCUCACUGUGUGCCGAUGCAGCUUCUUCCAGAUUACUAAAUAAGUAGUUCUUCAAAAUGUGCAUUUUCUGAAGAAACUUCAAGCAAUCUAUAUUUUUAAGAGAUCAUAUCUUGUAGAAGGUGAAGGAAAAUCUGCACUACUAACCUGGAGGUUUCUCAUGUGGUCAGAGAUCUGCAGAUUGCUGCUCACAGUCUCUUUGACACUAACUCACAAGAAAAGCCAUGGCAUCAGUUCCUUCUAUUGGUUGUCUUCUGGCCAAAAACCAGUAUUAUCGAAAAUCAAGUAUUUCUUCAGUCAGUUCAUUAUCUAACUCUGAAUCUAUUAACUUCAUAGAAGAUGACAAAUCUCUGCAAGGGCUACCUGAAGUGACAGAACCUACCUGGUGGUUAAAAUCCUUUUUCAAUUCUGAGCCUGUGCUUUCAAGUGUAAGAAGCAAGGAUAUGUUUGCUAGUGGUUCAGUCUGACAAUCAAGAUCUACUGCUGAAAUGCUCCAGAUCUGAAGCCUAACCUAGGAUACCUCUCAUUCAGAAGAAGCUUCUCCAUUGUCAGAAGACAAUCUUGUCAAGGUUUCAAUUAUGAGAUGAGAUCACAAUGCCACCAAUAUGGUAAAACUGCCAGCUUUGUCCUCAAUACUAAGAUCACUGCAGGCAACAUCAGCCACUUGGAGAAUACUUGAAAAAUGUGAUAUUAGUGAUUUGUACUUCUUAAUAUAAUUAUUAUACAGAUAUUGUGAUUUAAAGAAAGUAGCUUUUUCACUAUGCAUGUUAUUAUUACCUAAAAGUUUUAGGUAAAUUUGUUUGUGUCUGUUCAUUUUAUAAUGCCUUAAAAAUCAAGUAUCCAUGUUUUUGAAGUUACAAAUAUCAAACAUAAUCCUUAAGUAAAUCUGUUGUUAAAUAAGAUUGGAUAGUUUAAAAGUUAUCAUUUCAAAUAUUUAACAACAUGGACAAUUAUAAUGAUACAAUGUUAAGAUAGAAACCAGUAAAAAUAAAACUACAAGUGGAUACAAAUACAUUGGAAGAAACCUUACUAUACUGGAAUGGUAACAGUAGCUACUUCUAGAGAUGGGAUUGUCAGUAAUUUUAAUGUUUUUCUUCAUAUGUUUUUCUGUAUUUAAAAAUUUUUUAAUAUGACAAUUUUUGUGUA